UACCCCUCCCACACUUCUUAUGUAACACAAUAAUCAGGACUUAAAUUCUGCACAACACAGGCACUGAGACCUUUUUGUCCUGAGAGAACAAAACGUACAUUUCCUCUGGUGUGUUAGAGCUGCGAGGGCUUUUCAAUGGGGAGUCUUCAAGGAGUGUCUUUCUUUCUGGUGCUGAGUGUGCUCCUCCUCACUGGUACCAGUGUCCAGGCAGGGAAGAUUAUGGUGUUCCCAGUGGACGGCAGCCACUGGGUCAACAUGAACCUGCUGAUCCAAAACCUUCAUGCUAAGGGCCAUGAGGUCACUGUUGUUCGAACAGCCACUAGUUGGUAUGUCAAAGAAUCUGCGCCACAUUAUCGCACCAUUACUGUCACACUGCCACAAGCCAUUGUCAUUGAAAAGGAGGACUUCUUUGUGAACUUUCUCAUAAAAAUGCUGGAAAUAAAGAAGGAAGGAUCAUUAACCGGUUUUGUUAAGUUUUACUGGGAGAUGCUAAAUGCACUGUCGGACAUUCACAAACAGGCCAGCUUAUUGGGAGUGGAAAUGUUUGAAAACAAGACUCUUAUGCAGAGUAUUCGGGAUACUCAGUUUGAUGUGGUCCUGAUUGAUCCAGGUUUACCUGUCGGAGUUCUGGUGGCUCAUGAACUAAAGCUGCCAAUAGUUUAUAAUGUGAAAUGGAUCACCAGUGGAGAAGGCCAUUUUGUUGUGGCUCCUUCUCCAACUUCAUAUGUUCCAGUUUCUGCACACCCUGUGACCGACAAGAUGACAUUUAUCGAAAGAGUCAAAAAUACAUUGUUCUAUUUCCUAAACACAUGCAUUGACAAGUUUGUUGUGUGCCCUCACUAUGAUAGACUGGUAUACAAGUACUUUGGUCCAGACGUGAAUUUCUAUCACCUUCUUCAAGGUGCAGACAUCUGGCUCAUGAGGGUAGACUUUGUCUUUGAAUUCCCCAGGCCUACCAUGCCAAACAUUGCCUACAUUGGUGGAUUUCAGUGCAAGCCGUCCAAGCCUUUAUCCAAAGAGCUGGAAGAGUUUGUUCAGAGUUCAGGAGAGCAUGGUGUCCUCCUGAUGUCUCUGGGUACACUGGUUAAAGGUCUGCCAACAGACAUCAACUCAGAAAUAGCUGCUGCUUUUGCCCAGCUUCCUCAGAAAGUCAUAUGGAGGCAUGUUGGUGAGCGACCCAGCAACUUGGGCAACAAUACCCUUUUGGUUAAGUGGAUGCCACAGAACGACCUGUUGGGUCAUCCAAAGACUAAAGCUUUUGUGGCCCACGGCGGCACUAAUGGUGUCUACGAGUCCAUCUACCAUGGAGUGCCCAUCAUCGGCAUCCCCCUUCUGUUUGACCAGUUUGAAAACAUUCUGAGACUGGAAGCGCGAGGAGCAGCGAGGGGGGUGGAUGCAACACAGCUCACGCGACAAAACUUCCUGGAAGCAGUGCAAGAUGUCAUUAACAAUUCCUCCUACAGAAAGAACAUGAAGCGCCUGUCUGCUCUCCAUCGGGAUAAGCCAAUGCAUCCUUUGGAUACUGCAGUGUACUGGAUAGAGUUUGUCAUGAGACACAAAGGAGCCGCACAUUUACGAACAGAGUCUUAUAAGAUGCUUUGGUAUUCUUAUUAUUCUGUGGAUGUUUUUGUCUUCUUGUUGGCAAUUUUGCUGAUGCUGACAGCUGCUGUGGUAGGUUUCAUACGAUUCCUCUGCUUUCAGCUGAGCAGGAAGAGAAAAUCUAAGCAAGAGUAAGUCAGCACUCUGAAACAGAAGGCUGUUUAUUUAACUUGACUUGGAUCAGUGAUGUAACUAACAUAAGAAUACACUUUUGCAUUUCCAGGUUUUCCAUAUAAAAAAAUUAUCUAGUGUUAGGCAAAUUCUAAAAUGAUUGAAUCAAUUCUCAAAUAUGCAAAAUCUCACAAUAGAUCCAAGACUGUCAUUAUUUAUUGUUUUUAUUGUAGGGGGAGAAGCAGUAGAAAAUCAUAGAAAUGAAAUGCUUUCUGUAGUCAGUUAUCAUCUUAUUGACAGCCUAUAAACGUGGCAUUUUGCUGCUCUAGAGCAUCCGGGUGAGUGCUAACAUAAGCAAGGUAGAAAAGCAUCAAACAACAAUGACCUUGGAGAAGCAAUUGUUUAUGCCCAAUAAUAAAGGGUUGUAGGGUCAUUUCCAGACUACUAGGCAGAAUAAUUAUUUUAAAGUUGGCAGAACUCACACAAAUCUCCAGUGGGGUUUGAUCUGGCAGCAAUGAGUGGGAUAUCUCCUAUGCCCCACACAAAUAAAAACUGGCAAGUAUGGGAACAAGGGUCCCCCGCAUUUAUUUAUUCAUUUUACUUUUUUUCACUUCCUGUCAGCCCUCUCCAAUUUUGUCUACUCUUAGCGCCUGUUCCCCACUGCUCUGUUGUUGUGGCGAUGUAACUGCUGUUUGAUAUCGCUUGACCAGACUAUGGUGUUAUAAAAAAUGUAAUCAAAUGUUCAUCAGAAAACAUACCGGUACUGUCAGAUUUGUCUAACAUUCAGACUGUGAAAUGUUCAGGAAAUUUGGAAAGCACUCAAAACCUCUUGCAGGCUUUGUUUAGCAUAUUAACUGCUGGAUUUCAUGAGAGGACAAUAAAAAAACAUUGAAGAACUACAGCUUGUUUGAGUUGGAUGAAAGAGAAAGCCUUUUCUCUUAGAAGAGAACAUCGUUGCACAAGUUGCACCUAUUUGAACUACAACACUUCCGGACCAGUGUUUUAGAAACACUGGCAGCAUUUAAUCUGUUGUGUUCUUUUCUUUUUUGGACACUGAACUUGAACAAACUUGAAUGACCAGUUAUCUCCUGAAUUGUAAACACCUAAAUCUGACACCGUGUCAUUGCAGGAUCAAUUAGUCGCUAUUAGUCUGAUGUUGGCUGGAUUAUUAAUGUUUUCAUUUAUGCAACUGUUCAAAAGUAUGCUUAGCUUAAAAUCCUGUGUCCAAAGGAUUUGUUCCAAACGGCUUCAGAAGUGCCCCCAAAACACGCCAGUAACACUGAGUGAAGUUCACUGUAAAGCUAAAGUUUUCCCUGUAUUAAAAUGUCAUGUCCUAUCCAUAACAAUCCACUAACAAAUGCUACUUAAUUCUGUGUUAGAAACAUUUGCUUUACAAUCAGUGACAGUAUUAUUGUUCAGUCACAGCUGCCUUGAAGUUUUAAGUGAUUUACUUUAAUAAUCAAAUUGUGAGCAAGCUGGCAAUACUUCAUACAUUCAUUAAAUAAAAACUGUGCAAUUCUUUAUAGUGUAAUUGUGUAACUGUUUUACAGCAUACUCACCAUCAACAAUAUGUACCUGGCAUGUAAGCAUUGACAUAAAACAGAAACAAAUCAGA